AUGCGUUUCGCGGCUACGAAAGCAGGACCCUCCUUCAGUGCCAGUACAGGCGUGGUCACCAAGAUGGCGAAUGGGCUUUCUGGUGCGUCUAAAGAUUCAAAUGCCGGCAAGGAUGGGUUGGAUAUCAAGGCCGUGGAAGCGCCGGACCGUCUGGCGAUGGAUGAUAUCUUCCUGGAAGACACCACCGGCGUGAACGAGGAAGCGGUCCUCUGUCUCCAAAAGGGGAUGCCGGGGCUCCUCUAUCGACAUCAUGGGCUCCGUCAACCCCCCCGCCGUGACCAAGUCCGCGCACACCCCCUACUACACCCCGCCAACAACGGCGGCGCAGCGCUGCAUCCCACCGACCCCAGCACGCCCACCCUCUUCCGCCCCCUGACCAUCCGCGAUGUGACCCUGAAGAACCGCAUCGUCGUGUCGCCCAUGUGCAUGUACUCCGCCGAAUGCGACCCGUCGUCCCCCUUGGUCGGCGCCCUCACCGACUACCACAUCGCCCACCUGGGCCACUUCGCCGUCAAAGGCGCGGGGCUGAUCUUCGUCGAGGCCCAGGCCGUGCAGUUCAACGGUCGCAUUUCGCCCAACGACGCCGGUCUGUGGGACCACUCCCCGGAGUCCGAACAGUUCAAGAGCCUGCAGCGCAUCGUGCGGUUCUGCCACAGCCAGGGCGCCAAGGUGGCCGUCCAGCUGCACCACGCAGGUCGCAAGGCCAGCGUGACGGCGCCGUGGGUCGCCACGGAAGCCGGGAAACGCAGUCUGAGGGCCGAGGCGAGCGUCGGCGGGUGGCCGUCCGACGUCGUCGGCCCCAGCGGCGGACCGGAAAAUAUCUGGGAUGGGACGGGCGAGGGAUACUGGACUCCGCGGGCACUGACGGUGGAGGAGAUCCAGGACGUGGUGCAAGCGUUCGCAAAGAGCGCCGAAGCGGCCGUGCGGGCUGGCGUGGACGUGCUCGAGAUCCACGGCGCCCAUGGCUAUCUCAUCAACCAGUUCCUGAGCCCCAUCACCAACACACGGACGGACCAGUACGGCGGCAGCUUCGAGAACCGCACGCGCCUCGUGCGGGAGAUCGCGACGGCCGUCCGGGCCGCCAUCCCCAGUGGAACGCCGCUGUUCCUGCGCAUCAGCGCGUCGGAGUGGAUGGAGGGACACGAUGUCGCGGCGGAAUCGGGCACUUGGAACCUGGAGAGCUCGCUGCAGCUGCUGCCGCUGCUGCCGGAACUGGGCAUCGAUCUGCUUGAUGUCAGCUCUGGCGGCAACCACAAGGACCAGAACAUCGUCAAGGUGGUGGCGAACACGAACUACCAGAUCGAUCUGGCGGCACAGUUGCGCAAGGCCAUCCGGAAGGCUGGCGCCCCGACCCUGGUGGGCGCCGUCGGGUUCAUCACGGAGGCCGAACAGGCGCAGGGCCUCGUGCAGGGCUCCGACGAGGCCCACGCCAUCAACGACACGGUGUCCGGACCCGAGGCCACGGCCGAUCUGGUGCUGUUGGCGCGUCAGUUCCUGCGGGAGCCCGAGUGGGUGCUGAAUGCAGCGAAGGCCUUGGGGGCCAAGGUCGACUUGCCCGUACAGUUCAGACGUGCUAUCAACCUGUGA